CAAUCGUUCCAUUUUAUUCCUUCAUCCCCUAUUUUUGUCUAUCUACAACUCGAACUUCUGGUCAGAGUUGGACCAACUGGACUCAUGAUUUAGCCCACACGUUUGUCAAAGUACUUCCUUUUUCUUUCUCUGGGUGUGGGGGUUGUGGGGUGGGGGAUGGGGUUUACAACUUGAUAUUUAGUAAGAUGGACCAAUAUGAAUAACGACAAAACACUUUGCUGACUAAGAGUUAACUUCUGAAAAUGAACCCCUACCUGCCACCCCAGGCCAGUCCCCUAAAACUAAUAGUACCUCUACAACCUGCCAUAGAAAUUCCAUCAAGAACAUUCUCUGACUACUUAGAGAGCUCCAAGAAAACAGCCAACAGAAACUCUGCCGUGCAUUUCAUCAACAUGAAAUGCACCAGUACUGGUCGUAGUUGCUUGUUGUGCAGUACCAUGGAAGAUAAAGAUCCAUCACUACGAAAAAUAUUAAUAGCUCAACGCUUCAAAGAUUUGCAUCUCAUAGAAGAUAUGGAACUUGUUCCCACCUUAAGAUGCCUUUGGAAUAUUGCUCUGGCUCAACCUGAUGAUCCUGAAUUCCCGUCCCUCGGUGUCUUUAAUUGCAUGGCUAAACUUCUCAGCAGGUGCACCCGUGACCAAAAAUGGCUUUCAAGAGGCAAAAACGUGUAUGUUCCUUAUUAUGCAGCUCACGUUAUUGGCUCCUACACCAUGAACAAAGCUAGAUUCUCUGUUUUGGCUGUUAAAUCAGGCGUGAUUUCGCCACUAAUAGAGUUAUUAAGAGGUAAGAUAACUUGGGUCGAGCAAAGAGUGGCGGUUAGAGCACUUGGCCACAUUGCGCGACAUAGAAGGACAUUUGAAGACAUUAAGGUCCAUGAACUGGAGAUUAUAAAACUGACCAUGGACAUAGCUUCCAAAUGCAUUUAUACAAUCUGUAGUGAGUUUGUGGGCAAGAAAAGUGAAGACAGAGUCGAAUAUCAUUGCUAUUUGAUGACAAAAGGACUCGGAGAAUUGGAAAUGGGGAAUAAAAAAGCAGAGUCUUGGGCUUGCCAAAUGCAAUGUUGGUCUCUCUACCUUCUCAAUUGCUUCGUUAGAAAGAAACGAAGCAUAAACUUGAUAUGCAAAGAAGAAUUUCUCAAGAAUUUGUGUGAUAUAUGGGGUGGAUUACAGAACCAAACUUCUUUCUCCGGCAUUGGCCUAAUCAGAAGUCUCUGUGACAGUGAAGAUGGCCGAAAAAACAUAGCUCAAUUCAAAGAAGUUGUAGUCAAUAUCUGCAACUUAUCGAGGUCAUCAGACGAAAGGCAAUACGUGGCAAUUGAAAGUCUUUUGUCACUUCUCAAGGAUCCAAAAACAAGGAACACAGUGACAAAUAUUGCUGCUCCUUUUCUUGCUGAUUUAGUAGAGCUUAGAACUAUCAAAGGAAGACGAAAAGUGGGUGACAUGAUAACACAAGUACUCUUGCAAGAUUAUGCUAAAAUCAAAUAUGGUUUUCCGAGGUUCUACGAAGAAGGAUCACAAAAAGCAAUCGAAGAGAUUUGGGACUUAAAGGUGGAAAAACGGAAGAGGGAUAAAAUCAUGUCCGAACGAGAAGUGAAGGAAAUGGAGCUUUUGGGUUCCAUUUUAAAAAGUGAGGGAAACAAGAAAUUUUGGUCAACUGAGAUUGAAGCAGCUGUUAAAGAGUACACAAAGGCUUUAGAUUUGUGUCCACUAAAAUUAAGAAAAGAAAGGAUUGUUCUUUAUAGCAAUAGAGCUCAAUGUAAUUUAGUUUUAGGAGAAGCAGAUUUAGCUAUUAGUGAUACAACUCGAGCGUUAUGCUUAUCAGGUGAAAUAAGGCCUCAUGUAAAGAGCCUGUGGCGAAGAUCGCAGGCUUAUGACAUGAAAGGAUUGGCCAGACUAAGUUUAAUGGAUUGUUUGAUGUUCAUCAAUGAACGAAGCAAGUUGUAUGGAAACAGAAGCAGCAGAAGGAAAAUCCCAUACUAUGCAAUGCGCCUGUUGAACAAGCAGAUGACAGCCACGUGGACUUUUGCGGGUGCUGCAAAGUCCAAGGCAGAUGACAUUGAUGAUGAUGGAACUCGUACAUCCAGGGUCCAGCAUGGCUUUGCAGGUGGAAAAACGAAAGGGACAAUAGAAGAGGCGCUACUGAAAAGCAUGCCAACCAAGGGGAAAGACAAGGAGCAGCGGCUCUGGAAAAAGGUAUCGAUAUGGAGAACAAGCCGGAGAAGCAAAGGCGUUAUUGAACCAAUACUGAAGAGUAUCAAACGACGGAAAAAUGUAAAAGUACAAGAAAAAUGUGAUAGCAUGGUUAAAGAUUUAGAAACUUUUAAGUUCAUAUAAGGAUCUUUAAUCAUGUCGGAAUAAGAUCUUGCUAUCUUUUGUUCACAAAGGAUGCUAGAGCCAUUUAAGAAGGAAAUACUGUCCCAAACAGUUAGAUUCUGGAGCAGCUUAUGUCCAAAUGUGGAAUUAAAAAUAUUCCCCAGCUAGAUCGUCUAGUGUCCACUGGAUCAUCCUGUUUGCCUUUCUUGUCAAUUGUUAAACGACAUAAGCUUGAGUUUUUUUGGACAAGAUACUAAUCAUUGUUUCCCCUUUUCUAUGUGGAAACAAAAUAAACUUUGGAAGUUAAUCAUAUUUGGGUAUUUCUUACUAAAGAGUGAAGGAAAGAUAUGAAUUUGUUCAUCUUAUCAGUCCCUUUCAGACGGUACACUUUUUGGUUUGA